AUGGCAGCAGAGCGCAGCCGGGUGCAUUCGCGGGACCCGUGCCAGACGUACGAUCCAACGGCCCAACCACCGCACAUCGAUCCCCUAACAAGCGCUUCCUCUCGGGCCUCGUCGUCACCUGGACGCCGACGGGUGCGUUGCCAGCGAACCCCAGUCUCUCUCGCUCCACCUCGCCACACCACCACCACCCGUCCUGCUCCUCCACCACGCCACCGCCACCACCCGGCCCGCUCCACCACGCCACCCCGCCACCACCCGGCCCGCUCCACCCGGCCCGCUCCACCACGCUACAUCGCCACCACCCGGCCCGCUCCACCACGUUACCACGCCACCAUGCCCCCACCCGCGGCCCGCUCCACUUCGCAAUCACCACCACCCGCCCGCUCCACAGGGCCGUCUCCACCUCUUCCGUUCGCGCCCGUCGCCACCACUUCAUCUCCACCUCGCCCUCCAACACUAUUCGGCCCUGUCCGCCUCAUCACCAUCACAGAUCUCUCGCCACCACCGCCAUCCCUGACCCUUUCCUGUAUCAUUACCAUUAUCGGCGUCCACCUGGUCACCGCCUCCACACUCCUCACCACACCACUCACCCCACAUCACUGUAUUAUCACCAUCAUCACUAACACUUCUCCACUUCACCCUCAUUCCCGCCUCGUUACCGUUAAAACUUUCCCCUCCACCUCCUCGCCACCUCUUGCCUCGUUCCACAACAACUCGGGAAGACGCCGCUCCACAUCAGCGCCUCCACCCCCCCCCCCCCUUCGCCCCAUCACCAUCACAUGGCCAUUCCUCACCAUUACUAACCCUUCUAGACCCCUCGCCCUGAGAAAGCCAAACGCAGGUGCCGCCGGGAAGUCGCCGCCGUGGCUCAGGUGGUGUCGUGGGGCUGCGGUCGAGUAG